AUGGACCAGAAGGAAAUUGCUCUUCUCGGAGGAACACAAGGAAUUGGUAGACAAUGCCUUUUGUUGAUGCUAAUUAAAGGAUUGAAAGUGAGAGUAUUGGCCAGAAAUCCAUCAAUGUUGUCUUCACUCAAUGAAAAGUACUCACACCUUCUAACAAUUGUUAAGGGAGAUGCCACCAGAGAGGAAGAUGUUGCAAAAUUGAUUGCACCUUCAGUGGAUCAUGUAUUGUGUGCUCUCGGGGCUCGUCUCAAUGAACCUACCACUAUUAUUGAAUCGGGAGUAAAUAAUGCACUGAAAGCAAUGAAGAAAUUGGAUAAGGAGAUGAGAUUUGUGAUGGUUACAUCGAAUGGAGUAUUAGAAGCAGGAGUGAAUUGGUUCUAUGACAAUAUCAUGAAGAAGCACUUGUUGAAUCAUUUCUAUGAUGAUAUGACAAGAGCUGAGAAGGCCCUUAAACAAUUGACUGAAAAUUCAAAGAUUUCCUAUGCAAUUGUUAGACCACCUCAAUUGAUUGAUGCCCCAGCCACAUUAGAACUCAUACAUGGUGAAGGAGAAUACUAUCCACAUGGAACACAUCUCGUCACCAGAGAGGAUGUUGGUGCAUUCAUGAUUGAAUGCUUAUUUAACGAAAACCUCACCAAAGGAAAUAGAGAAUUCAAUUUGAAUACAACAAAAGUAUUGGAAACCAAGAUUGAUAACAUGCAAACAUUGAAGAGUAUUAUGCCAUAUCCAAAGUAUUUAAUGAUUCGAUUGUUCAUAUUCUCAGUGAUGACUGGAAUUGGUUCAUUGAGUGCUUUUGCAUUGUACAAAAUCAAAUCAUUGCUAUUCCCUUCUAUUGAUAUAUCGAAAAUAAUUUCCUCUUGGUUAAUUAAAUCAUUGGAAUCAAAUAAAUAA